GUUCUCUCGAUUGAUAAGAAAACGUCCCAGAGAAAGAAGAACGCCAAGGAAGAUGCCACCUGCGGUUACGACGCUGAAAAGAAAACAUUCUUUGAAGGGGAAAAGUAUUCUCACAGUCAUAAAGAGAACUAGGCAGAAUGAGUUAACGGGUUCUGCAGCCAGGAUGGCCACGCAAGUGAGGACAGAAGAUUUGGAUAAUGAGGAAUUAAUUAGUCAGUUUCGACAAAUUACAGGAGAGAGUGCCGCUGAUUGCUUAGAGAUGGCGGGGAAGGCGAUCAACAAAAGAAAUCUUGUCUGCUUAUUGCAUAAUACCAUUAUUUAUGCUAAUGAAGUAGGCCAGCCUGGAGAGCAACUGACCGAAACGAUGCAAUCUGGUAGUGCUGCAAUCGUAAAUGAUAACCAGACAAGGGGAGCCUCUACAUCUGCACACGAAAGGGAGACAGAAAAGAACAAUAAGAAAGACAAGAACAUUCACGAAGACGAGAUUCUUUCCAGGAUAGCAGACUUGGAAAAAGCGACGGAAAGUGUGGAAAGUUUAAAGGACAAGGCAUUGCAUGCACCUGACAAUUGUGGAAACCUAUUUGUUCCAGAAUGGGAAUUUGACUGUAAUUUUAAUCCAGUGCAUGCAGAAAAUAAUAAGAGAAAACAUCCAAUAUGGACAACUUUGGGAGGGGACAACAUUCCAUCACAUGUUGACCCAUACAUUUUUAAUGAAGAGUGUGCAGUAAAAUCUUCAUGCAGUUUAUAUUUAAGAAAUCCAGAUUUUUUCAUUGCUGGAGAACUACAUAAUCAAUUUUGUCAUUGGGAAAAAAUUUUGUUGGAUAAUGACACAUCUAGUCUUGUUAAACAGUGGUUAAAAGAUGGAGUUGAUGUUACAGAAUUUUUUACACAUUUUAAAGGUAAUUUUAAAGGUUGUAGUUACAACUCUUUAUUUCCUCCACAAAGAUUUUUUCAAAAUGCACCAAUCUGUAAACAGUUCAAAGAAUUUAUUUGCUCAGAAUUGUACGAAAGAAUACUUAAUGGAUCCUUGUCUGUUGUUGGUAAAGUGGGAGAAUGUGAGCUUCCACAUAUUAUUAUGCCUUUAACUGUAGAACCAACAAAACCAAGACUUUGUCAUGAUGACAGGUAUAUUAAUCUUUGGACAAAAGAUACACCUUUUCAAUUGGAAAAUUUAAAACAUGUACCCAGGAUGGUUGAAAAAGAUAUGAAAAUGAUAACAUGUGAUGAAAAAUCAGGGUAUGAUCAUGUUAUUUUAUGCAAAAAUUCUAGAAAAUACUUUGGAAUACAGUUUGGAGGUUGGGUUUUCACAUACAACACAUUACCAUUUGGCUGGAAAUCAUCCCCUUACAUUUAUCAAACCAUAGGAAUGCAAGUAACAAAUUAUUUAAGAAGUAGAAGUAUUUAUAACAUACAGUACAUUGACGAUAGACUAGUAAUUGAAUAUGCUAAGUCUAGGAUAACAGAUGUUUCCUAUUUUUUACUUGAAUUACUUACAAGGCUAGGAUAUACCCUUUCCUGGAAGAAAAGUCAGUUUGUACCAUCUCAGGUGGUUAAAUAUCUGGGUUAUUUUAUUGAUUCUUCCAAAAUGGCAUUUUCUUUACCAGAUGAGAAAAAAAUGUCUUUUUCAAAAUUGAGAGAAUCUAUAUUGUUGUCAAAUUUUGUUGAUAUUAGAACUUUGCAAAGGUUUGCUGGAAAAUGCAUUUCAUUUUGUUUAGUUGUUCCUGCCGCAAAAUUGUACUGUAGAGAAGUCAAUAAAGCAAUUUCUUAUGGCAUGAAGAAUUCACAAAUGAUAAAAGUAGAAAACUCUCUCAAACAGGAGAUAGAAUAUUGGAGAUUUAUUGAUACUUGGGAGGGCUGUAUGACUUGGAGAUUAGAAACUCAUAAACAGAUAAUGUUGGCGACUGAUGCAUCAGGUUUUAAAUAUGGUGGAAAAAUUUUGUCUGGUGAAUUCAAAGGUUUGAUUUUAAGCGAUUUUUGGAGUAAUGAUGACAGUAGACCAAUUCAUUUGAAGGAGGCUGAAGCAGUAUAUAAUGUAUUAUAUAGUUGCAAAGAUAAAAUUAAGAAUUCAAGGGUAGAUGUAUUGAGUGAUAACAUGGCUGUUAUCAAAACAUGGGAAAAUCAAGGUGGAAAAGAUAAACAGCUCAAUGACAUUAUAAAGCAGUUAUUUUGCUUUGUUUAUGAAUUUAACAUUUCAUUGAAUUUACAAUAUGUUCAGUCAAAACUCAAUGUAGCAGAUGAACCUUCUAGGUCAAUUUCUUUGUCAGAUUGCAUGUUGAGUGAGACAUCCUGGGCUUAUGUUGAGCAAUUGUUUGGCCCACAUACUGUUGAUCUUAUGAGUUUAGAUUCUAAUUGUAUGAAAGAUAGAUAUGGUAAGAUGCUGCGACAUUUUACUCCAUAUCCAACAGUUUUAUCUGAUAGUGUGAAUGUUUUUGUUCAAAAUGUGAAUGAAGAAGAAAAUCCUUAUGUUUUUCCACCAUUUCAAAUGAUAUUUCCAUUGUUGAAAUUGUUUAAGGAACAAAAUGUAAAAUGUUGUACAAUGGUUUUACCAAUUUUUCAAGAAAAACCAAUUUGGUGGCCUUUUUUGGCUUCACACUGUAUUUCACAAACAAUAUUGGGAAGAAAGGGUGAUGUAAGAGUAUUGAAGUUACCAACAUCUAAAGGUUUUAUAAAUGAUGUGAGAGGAUUGAAAAAUGACUUGGGUGUUUUUAGAUUACAGUUUUAG